CCGGCCCCCGCCGAGCCCCGCGGACGCGCGCAGAGACAGCGGAGGCUCUCCAGGAGGCCCGGCGCCCACCCUGCCCGUCGCUGCCCGGGCUGCGCGGCCCCUUCCAUGACCCGCAGGGCGCGGGCGGCGGCUCUCUCGGAGGCGGCGGAGAACUAGCGCGGCCGCGCGCAGCCGACUGGACCCGCGCCCGGGCACGACGCCUCUCCUCGCGGGCGCCCCGGCCAGGAUGGCCCCGCGCCGGGCGCUGGCCGCGCUGCUGCUGCUGCUGGCGGCCGCGGGGCUCGGAGCGGCGGCGGCGGGGCCCGCGCGCGCCUUCAGCGAGGACGUGCUGAGCCUGUUCGGCGCGAACCGCAGCCUGUCGGCCGCGCAGCUCGGGCAACUGCUGCGGCAGCUGGGAGCCGCCCCCCGCGCGGGCGCCGCGGAGCCGGGCGCGCUGCACUUCAACCAGUGUUUAUCUGCCGAAGACAUUUUUUCCCUUCAUGGCUUUUCAAAUACCACCCAAGUAACCAUCUCAAACUUCUCUGUCAUCUGUCCAGCAGUCGUACAGCAACUGAACUUUCACCCUUGCGAGAAUCGGCCCAAGCACAAAACAAAACCGAGUCAUUCAGAAGUUUGGGGAUACGGAUUCCUGUCGGUGACAAUUAUUAAUCUGGCGUCUCUCCUCGGAUUGGUUUUGACUCCGUUGAUAAAGAAAUCUUAUUUCCCAAAGAUUUUGACCUAUUUUGUGGGGCUGGCUAUUGGGACUCUUUUUUCAAACGCAAUUUUCCAACUUAUUCCAGAGGCAUUUGGAUUUAAUCCCCAAAUUGACAACUAUGUUGAGAAGGCAGCUGCUGUGUUUGGUGGAUUUUACUUACUUUUCUUUUUUGAAAGAAUGCUUAAGAUGUUAUUGAAGACAUAUGGUGAGAAUGAUCAUACCCACUUCCAUACUGAUGACUUUGGUCCUCAAGAAAAAGCCCGUCAACCUAAAACCUUACCUGGUCUCAAUGGUGUCACGUGCUACGCAAAUCCUGCUGUCACAGAGCCUAACGGACACACCCACUUUGACAGUGUCAGUGUGGUGUCUCUGCAGGAUGGGAAAAGUGAGUCAAGCUCAUGUACCUGUUUGAAGGGGCCCAAACUGUCAGAUAUAGGGACAAUUGCCUGGAUGAUAACGCUCAGUGAUGCCCUCCACAAUUUCAUCGACGGCCUGGCCAUUGGGGCUUCCUGCACCUUGUCUCUCCUCCAGGGACUCAGCACUUCCAUAGCAAUCCUGUGUGAGGAGUUUCCUCACGAGCUAGGGGACUUUGUGAUUCUACUCAGUGCAGGGAUGAGCACCCGGCAAGCCUUGUUAUUCAACUUCCUUUCUGCGUGUUCCUGCUAUGUCGGGCUGGCUUUUGGCAUUUUGGUGGGCAACAAUUUUGCUCCAAAUAUUAUAUUUGCACUUGCUGGAGGCAUGUUCCUUUAUAUUUCUCUGGCAGAUAUGUUUCCAGAGAUGAACGAUAUGCUGAGAGCAAAGAUAACCGGAAGGAAAACUGAUUUCACAUUCUUCAUGAUUCAGAAUGCUGGAAUGUUGACUGGGUUCACGGCCAUUCUUCUCAUUACCUUAUACGCAGGAGAAAUCGACCUGGAGUAGAAGGAAACGGAAGAUGGUGUUAAUAAAGGCACGCAAUAAAAACAUCUCCAGAGAUUUCAAGCUGAUCUUGUUUAGUUAAAAGAUAAUUUCGUUCUCAACCAUAGGUCAAGAAAACUAAUUAUUGGUUUAAGUCUGCGAAAUAGGCCAUUAUUUGUUGUUAAAAUGCUUCAGAAGGUUUUUGGUGUCAGUCUGAAAUUCCUAGGAGUCUUUGGUAAAUACCCAUUUUUCAGUGUUUCACCCGUAUUUAAUAUCAUGAUAGAAAAGACAUGCUUUCCGUAAUCACUUAGACACCUAGGCCCAGAAGAACAUACAAGAUACAUUGUGAAAGCCGUUAAAACUCUAGGGUAGGAUCAAAGGUUCAAGUGGUUCCAGAGUGGUUUUCUUUCAAAUAAUUUGUUUCAGAGCUUUCUAGAACAAGUAUAUCAAAACACGGAAGAAAAUCAAAACAUAUACAACACUAAUAUAAAGGAUUCCAAGGCUUUAAGGAGCUCAGGAGAGGAAGAUUUCUCACAUCUUUUUGUUCUGUUUUAUAUUUCAAUUAAGGAACUUGCAGGAUUGUUUUGAACGCCACUCUAAAGUGAUAUGAAUUGGGAAAUUAAGAGAAUUUUGUGAGCCUUACUAAUUUCAGGCUUAGAGGCUUCUUUCUACAUGUAAACUCCACCAGACUCCGUGAAAAGAACAGUAUGUAAAGCUGGUGACAACUCGGUUUCAGUGCACCAUGUGUUUGCUUUGUGAAGGUGAAGAAUAUGUUGGUUUGGAGAAAGAAAUUGAAUGUAAUUUUAAGCAAUUUACUUUUGAAGAUGAACAUAAUUAUUUAGCAGAGAAUAUUUUAAUAAAUGAGAAACAACAGCUGGACUGCUGUAUGUCAAGGACUGAUUAACUAGAAAACAUAUGUUCCUUAUGUGUGAUUGAGAGUCAUUCAGAAAAGACUUCUUUUGUAUUCAGUCUACAUUUUUCCAUAUGGUAUAUCUUGGCAAAAAUUAGGACACCAUGGUUAUUUUUCUACCUUUUAUAAAAGAUAGAACCUGUUUACUCAUUUAGCACAUACAGAAAUUUGGUCUAAAAUUGAACAUCCUAACCCCACUUCACACUCCCCAGUCUCUUAAGGAAAGAUGAUUUGACAGUGAGGAAAAUGAUUGACAAAAGCCAACCGUGAUCUCAGGAAUUACAUUUUCCCACAGAUGGAAGAAUGUUUUCACAUAGCAGUAGUACGGAUUUGAUGAAUAUUUAACACGUAUGUUAAUGUAUAUUUCACUUUAUGACUGACAAUUAAAAAAUUAUUGUUUGACCAAAUAGUAAACACCUUUGAAACCA